UGUCUGUUGUACACAGACAACUGUAGAAAUGGAUUUAGCUAGAAAACGCUAACUUGUUUUGUUUUUUUACUUGCUUAUUAAUAAAGUUUAGCUUUGGAUCCUUUUUCCCCCGUGGUGUGUGGCAAUGGUUGCCAUUGACGAUGUGAUAUUACAUGCGACGAAAUGAACGGGAAAGCAGUGAGUGUUUAACGUUUCGUUAGCUGGGUCACUGCCCGUUUUCUAUCUAGCAUUUCUGUCUGGGUUUAGUUUUUUUGUCCUGGGUCUAAUCCUGAACUGGGUCGAAUGAAGACUGUGGGUGGUAUUGGUAACCCUGUCGAGCCCGUCAGCUGUUUCCUAGAAUGAAAGCUCUGAAGGACAACUUCUUCUACUCCAGGAUAGGAGCUGACGGGGUGUUUGAAGAUGACCGGCAUGUUCUGGUGGAGGAACAGAAGUCAUGCAGGGCCCGAGCUCGCUGCUUCUCCCUGGAAACCAACCGAAGAAGGAAGGUUCUGGAGGAGAGGAGGAAGCUGUGGGACGUCCAGGAACAGAGGCUGAGGGAGAACAUCCUGCAGCAACGUAAACAGAGAGUCCAGGAUGCUACCGAACGCUUCCAGAGGGCACAUCUGCCCCCCUCACAGAGACGCAGACAAUCUUUCAGGAAGAGCACCCUUAAUAUCGAGGAGGCACUUAAUCACAUACAAGGCACCUUGACCUUGAGUUCCUAUACCAGACAAUCUCCCACCCCCGACAGGAGCUGCACUACAUCCCCUAAGCCUCCCCCGACACCCAGCCCGUCUCUCCACCAGGGGACCCUGUCUGCCCUGGAGGCCUACAGCAAACUGAUGCAGGACAGAACCUUCAGCAGCUUCAAGAACAGGCUACUAUUCCUCAGCCAGCUCCAGGAGACACAGCUGAGGGACAGGGACGAACUGCAGGACACACAGCUGAGGGAGAGGGACAAGGACAGGGACGAACUGCAGGACACACAGCUGAGGGAGAGGGACGAACUGCAGGAGACACAGCUGAGGGAGAGGGACGAACUGCAGGGGACACAGCCGAGGGACAGGGACGAACUGCAGGAGACACAGCUGAGGGACAGGGACGAACUGCAGGGGACACAGCUGAGGGACAGGGAUCGGGACAUGGUGUUCCUCAAUGAGCUACAGGACACACAGCUGUGGGACAAGGAGACCUGUAGCAGUCCACAGCAUCAUAAUGUGACUCAGUCAGAGAGCCUGUCCAGUCUGGAUAGCUUGGAGAUGGAGGACGGCUUAAACCACAACAACACAGUACAGAGAGUCCACAGCUCUUGGUUAGAUCACCAGAGACACCCCAAUGGUCCAUCCUCUGACUUGUCCUUUUGUCCACCAACAAAGAGUUUCCUAAGUGGUAAUCUCCUAAUCCAACAGGGCAAAGUUGAUGCUAGCCCUCAGCCACCCAGACCAAGGCAGACAGAGGAGUCUGUCGGAGAUUGUAACAGCAGACUGCACCAGCUCUCUCAGGCCACUGGGUGGCAGAGUUGUACAGACCAAUCAUCAUCACAGAGUAACACUAUAACCCAGCCCCCACUCCUCAGUGUCAGUCACCACAGCCUGCUAACUCUGAGUGGGAUUAUAGAUACAUCCUCAAUACGUUCAGAUAACGGUGACCAACACUCUCAGGAGGGGGAAAGUCAUCUGAGGGGGGACCACAGAGUCUCGGGGGUCAUAGCGUGCUCCAAGGCUUCUACCCCAGACAGAACGCUGCUAGAGUUCACCUCUUGUCUGAUCCCAGAGGGAAAGUUAGAAUUUAGGCAGCAGGUGAGAGACCCGGAGGACAAGUAUUCCAAACAACCGUCGGCGACACAGGUCCUUCUGCCUGGGAAAACUUGCAGCCACAAAGACCUUCUGUGUGAAGCCCCCUCCUCAAACCCUGAUCAUAUCCUCAGUUAUAACACUAAAAGUAGCUCAGGGGUCCGAGAGGACACGGCCAACAUUCAGCCAACAAAAAGCACACAACACCAGUCACACGGGAGCAAACCCAGUGUAGAAGAUGCCAUGAACAACCUCAACAAAGGGACCAACUCUGAGCCCAAAACAGGGUCCAACUCUGAGCCCAAAGCAGGGUCCAACUCUGAGCCCAAAGCAAGGCCCAACUCUAAACCCAAAGCAGGGUCCAACUCUGAGCCCAAAGCAAGGACCAACUCUGAGCCCAAAGCAAGGCCCAACUCUGAGCCCAAAGCCGAGAGGUCUAAGAACACAGACCCUCUCAGUCAGACAUUGGGUCAUUGUAAUAUCAGGUCUGACUUCCCUAAAGGCCUAAAGAGCCUGCAGGUGGAAAUAACACCAACACACCUCCCAGAUACACCUCCAUCUCCUCCACCUGUAGCUGCUGUCAGCACAACCACGGAUCAUAAAGGCACUGAAGUCCGAUGCAUAAAGGGAAUUCUUAAAAAACAAUCCAAAUACGGCGUGUCGGGAGGAAACGCCUGUUCUGGUAUGUAUAACGCCAGGCAUUUAAUAUUCACCAAACAAUUCACCAUGUCCAUCAGAGAUAGUGUGGAACUGACCAGAAGGAAAGGCAAGGAUGCAGACAAGAUGAUCAAAAAGAAGAUACGCUGGUUUGACGAGGUAAAUCUGGAGGAAGAGGAGGAGAUGGAACGGAGUCCUAUAACAAACAACAAGUGUGUUUCUGAGUAUCCACUACCUCCACAUAAACACUCAGCAUCAUCAGACCACCAACAGGGUCAGGGCCAGACGGUGGCCACCAACACCCCUCUGGCCUCCACCGGCUAUCAUUUUACCAAGCAGGCCUGGGCAGAUGUCAGGGUCCAGGAGAGCAGGCUGCAGGGGCACCAGGGGAUCCAGGAGGCCAGGGAGACAAGAGUGGAAGCCAGGGAGGUCAAGGUCCAGCGGGGGAGCAGUGGGAGAACCGUGUGCCCCAGAGUCCCCAGGAGAGUGAGAUCUGCCAGGGCAGGGAUGGAUCCUGUUUCGUCCCGCUCCAGAAAAGGCACGGUCAUCAGACCCCAAUCUGCUACGGAGGCCAGCAGCCACGUGCCCUGGGUGACCCACGGGAAGGUCAUGGUGCCUCGUCCCCCGCCCCGCACUGAAACCAUGGAACCAAAAACACACACAAGAGAGACGGAUGCUGUAAUACGGACUCCUUACAACAUGGAUCCCACUAAUCACACCACCAAGACUCCUUACAACAUGGAUCAGUCUAACUCUGCUGCUACUAAAACAGGGAUUCCUGUAGAUGAGGCUUUGUGUAAUAAUAACACCCUGGACAGCCUCGCCCCGUCCCAGACCCGUACACAUGUCAUUAGGGCAGAUAGCAGCGUUAUUUCCAACCCAUCCAAGGCCACCCCCAUGUCAGGCCAGCAGGACGCCCAGGGAGAGGCUGCCAGAUGGGGUCUUCUGUACCAUGAGAAUGGCCUCUGUCUGGACCGUACUCCCACAGACGAGGAGAUCUCUCAGCUCUGGCAUGGAGUCCGUAGUGCCUUAGCCACCAAGGACGGUGACCCUAUAACUGUCCUGCCUCAAGCACGUGCCAACCUGUCUCGCGUUACUAUCAACGGGGACAGCCUGAUCAACGGAGUUAAAGCCAUCACCACGAUGGGAGACUUCUUCCUCUCCCCAACCAAUGCCAGGAGCGUGGUGAGGAGACGACCCCAGGAGAGUCGUGGUAGUGGGGCCAGGAGGAGAGGAACAACUGGCUCAGGGAACAGAAGGCUGCCUCUACCCUCCCAGUCUCAGGCCAUGGUGCUGAUAACACCAUUACACAGCAAACAUGACCUGACACAUCAACAUGAAGAGUAUGCAGAAGUGGAGGCCCACAGUGAAGGCCUGCUGGCAGACAGUGAUAUAGUGUUUGCCAAGGAGACGGUGCCAUCCCAGAGGCUAGAGCCAGGUGGAGGUCACAGCCAGCACCAGGGCCAAUCGAUCACUACAAGCCACAGCCAGGGGCACCAAGCCCGGGGGCACCAGGGGCACCAAGUCCGGGGGCACCAAGCCCAAGAGCAGGGCCAGGUCUCCACCAUCACCAACAUCUCCCUGGAGGAGCAGAAAGUGCUGCUGUCCCUGAAUCGACUCAAUCGUCGGCUGCAAUAUGUGCAGGCCUCAGCUGGAGGCAGCCCUGCAGAUCAAGCUUUCCUACGUGGCGAAGUGCCCUUUACAGAGGAAGGGACGGGUGCUGCACACCGUAAACACCGCACGGUCUCCACCGACAACCGCCCGAGAACCCAGAGGAGAUUCUGACACAACGGUCCAAUAUGGCCGCCUGAAUGUCACUCUUUCAGCUUGUGCUUCACUCCAACCUUAUACACUGCUGUUUAACAAAAAUAACUUGAUAUUAACCCUCCCGAGUUUCAGCACCACCACUAACUCUCUCUGCUGGGAUGAAGACUUCACAACCCGGGACUGUGAAUAAGUCCAUUAUCAAAUGACAGUACUUAUAUUGACUUAUUUACACAUUAUAGUUUCAGUCUUAUAUACAGCCAGGCUUUGCUAUUUGGUUUUGGCCUUUAAUUGAUAGAGAUUAUUUUUGUAUGAGAUAAAUAUAUUUAUUUUCCCGAAAAAUUGUGCGGUGUGUGUAUGUGUGUGUGUGUGUGUGUGUGUGUAUGUGUGUGUGUGUGUAUGUGUGUGUGUGUGUGUGUGUGUGUGUAUAUUGUACACAAUGAUUGUACACAAUGUAUAGUGUAUCGUAUUGGUAUCAUUGUGUUGUACACAAUGAUACCAAUAGGAUUAUAUACUGAUGUGUGUGUGUGUGUAUGUGUGUGUAUGUGUGUGUGUGUGUAUGUUGUACACAAUGAUACCAAUAGGAUUAUAUACUGAUGUGUGUGUGUGUGUGUGUGUGUGUGUGUAUGUUGUACACAAUGAUACCAAUAGGAUUAUAUACUGAUGUGUGUGUGUGUGUGUGUGUGUGUGUAUGUGUACACAAUGAUACCAAUAGGAUUAUAUACUGAUGUGUGUGUGUGUGUAUGUGUGUGUAUGUUGUACACAAUGAUACCAAUAGGAUUAUAUACUGAUGUGUGUGUGUGUGUGUGUAUGAUACCAAUAGGAUUAUAUACUGAUGUGUGUGUGUGUGUGUAUGAUACCAAU